CCGAGGUUUACCAAGGACUUGAGGAACAAGAACAAUGUAUGGGAGAGAGAAAUAAUAAUAGUUUGUAUCCUGUAAACAGUGAUAUGGCUAAACAUGAUAGUCUUUACAAUGCACACAGUUCACCAGGAACAGUAGUAGCAUCUAACACUGAGGAACAUUUUGAGUUCAAUGAAGAAAGAACAGAAAAUCCAGACGUCUCUUUUCCUAACAAUAGCUUGAAAAGUCCAAUUGUUAAAAAUGAUCUUCAUGGAAGGAAUGGAUUUGAAGAAACAGUUGAAGAUGUUAAGCAGAAGACUGAUGGAACUGAUGCAAAAGAGCCAGAAGUUGAAAAGGCAAACAGUGUACCAUCUGUAUCUGCAACUGUAACAGCUAUAAAUGACAAACCUGUAAAUCAGUCUGAAAAAGAGCAGCAAAAUGAUAAAAACAAAAAGGAGUCAAUAAAUGUAGAGAGUGAGAUAAAGAAAAGUGCUGAACAAAAGAAAAUCAUGAAUACAGACAAUAGUGAAACUAUUCAUAGAAAUACAAAUUUGAUUGCAGGCAAUUCUAUUGAACCAAACAAUGAAGGAAUAGAAAAUUCCAGUAAUAGUUCAAAUAAUGUUACGUUAGGAGGAGUUGCUUCCUACAAAAGAUGGCAACAUGAAAAUUUAUUAAAGAAAAAGUCCUUUGUUACUCAAAAAGAAGACGGCAAUAAUAAUGAAACAUGUGGUACUUAUGGCGACAGUUCUAUAGUGAUACAACAUUCACAUGAAAAACCAUAUAAUACUUCCGAUCAAAAAGAAAAUUCAGACCAGAACAGAAAUAAACUGGACAAAAUCAAUAAGCCUGGACAGCAUCAGGGAGGUGUAUUCUCCAGAGGAGGGAGGGGUGAUAUAAAAGAAUCUGAAAAUAACAAUGCUAAGAGUGAUUCACAUAUGCAUUUAAAUAGUUUGUCUCCAAUAUUAGAAUUGCUAGAACCUGAUGUUUCACUAGAUAACAACUGCUUUAAAAGUCUCCUACCUCCUCUAUUGAGACCAACGGUAACAGUAGAGGCAGAAGUUCAUACAUCCAUGAGAGAAAUGGAAAAAAGACAGCAAAAGGAAAGUUGUUCUGCCGAAGGGAUGCAUUGUGAUCUUGGUCAAUCACAAAAUAAACAUAUACAAGAACUGCUAGGACAACUUGAUAUAAGUGAUAUAGUAGGUGCAUCAGGUAUUACUACUAGUACUCCAGAAAAAGUGAUGCAAGGUGUAAAUAAAAAACAAAAUCGUAAGAAACCUAGGAUGGCAAAUAAAGGGAAAGAAAUAACAAGACCAAGGCAUAUAAGAAGUUGUGCUCCUACUGUGUUUUAUAAACAAAAUAAGAAAAAACUCCAGAAGCAAGAUUUAGAAAUGUUUGACACAAAGUUAGCCCAAUCUGCAAAUAAUUUGAGUAAAACCAAUCAACUAAAUCAUCAUUUCAUGGAACAAGAAGUUGCAAAAGUUGCAAACCAGGAAGCACUGACCAAAAGGUCCACCACUGAACAUACCAUUGAAAUUAACAUGGAUGUUGAUCAUAGUUCACAGAAAAUAACGACCAUUUCUGCCCCACUACCAGUCACUGGACGUAUCAUAGGGAAAAAUUGUAUGAGGAAAAAAAGGUCUAGAUAUGAAAAAAUAUCAAGUCUUGAACCUCCGCUUAAACUCAGAAAAAUUAGUUCAGAUGAAAAUAGUGCACUUAUAAAUAACUGUUCUGAUGAACAAGUUAAAACUAUAGCUUUAGAUCAAAUAAUAGAAUAUGACAAAAGUGAAGACAGAAAUUCUUUUGUUGGAGAAAAGGAAUUGGCAAACCAAUACGUAGAAAGUUCUGAAAUAUUGAGUUCAAAAAUUUAUGUAGCUGAAAUAUACAGUGAAGACAAACAUGGAAAGGAAAAAGAUAUAAAUAAAGAUGUGUAUUGGAACUACGGUGCAACAUCUGAGAUGGAAGGUAUUGUUGAAUUACAAGUUGAUGAUGGAGAUAACAUUGAAUCUGGAAUUGGGUCUGAUUCAGAUUGCAAUAACAAAGAUGGUGGGGAUUUAAAUGGGGAACCAGAUUGUGUCAAUGUUCUUGGUAACAACAAAAAUCUUGACAAUCAAGAAUCAACUAAUGGAUUAGAUACAGAGGUAGAUAAUAUUAUGAAAAGAACAGAUGAAGACCAAGAAGCAGUGAACUUUGAGGAAACUAGAAAUGUAAUAAACACUGGAUUCAGGAACUCGCCCAAAACUGCUAGUUUACGUGAAUGUUGUAGUUUAAGCAAUGCAAACCAAGUGGAAAUAAACAGUGAGAGAUAUAAUGAUGUAAAUCUGCAUACUGCAGGCACUGAGGAGAUGACAGAUUUCAUAGCUGGUAGAAUUAAGGAAAAAGCUGCAAAAAAGUAUGGGAAGUUCGAAAAGAUUGGAAGAGGUACAGCAGGAUGGGAAGAUUCCUUAAGACAAAAACCUAGAAAAACUGAAUUAUUUCAAGUCAAUCCUGCUCCUCAGAAACUACUGUCUAAAGUUGCUGAAAACUCUGGUUCUGGAAACAGUGAAUACAAAGAAAAGAAUAAAAAAGCUAAACGUGGUAGGCCCAGAUUGCAUGAGAAGGCCAGUGGAGACCAUGAAAUUGAUCCAACCUUAGAAAUAAGAACAGACCACAAAUCGUCUGAUGAUCCAAAUUUUGGGCAAGUUGUUUGGGGCAAGCUAGGAAGACAGCGAUGGUGGCCUGCCAUUGUUCUAGAAGGUUAUAUGGUGCUGAGAAAACAAGCAGAACCUGGUCAUUCAUGGCUCUUUUGGUUUGGUGAUCACAAAAUAACUGAGGUUUCCAGAGAGAGAAUUGUUCCAUUUGUUGCAAAUUUUAUUAGAAUGUAUGGAGGUAAAACUAUAGGAAACCUCUUCAAACAUGGAGUCGAAGAAGCAAUUAAGGUUUCUGCAGAGAGAUGUAACUACAACUAUUCUACCAACCAACUUUUGGAUUGGGCAUUGAAAGGAUUUUUAGAAGAAAGCACAUCUUCACCAUUAGAUAACAAUAUUUUCCUUCCUUCUAAAGAAAAACCAUUGUCAGAUUUUGUCUUGGAGGCAAUCAGUGAAUUAAGAUCAACAAUGAGAAGGAACAUAGAUAACAGUGAUGAUGAAGAUGAUGAUUUAAAACCGAGUGGCCAAGGAGACGCCCUUGAUAAAGUAAAAAGCAAAGAAAGAAAACUUGAAGAAAUCUGCAUUUCCUGUAAUGAUAUCACACAAGAGGUUGUACAUCAACAUCCAUUAUUUGUGGGUGGAUUGUGUAAAGAAUGUAAGCAAGAACUGAUAGAGUCUUUCUUUGCUGUUGGAGAUGAUGGCACAGGGAUGUUUUGCAUUGUUUGCUCGAGUGGUGGAAGGUUGUUUGUCUGUGAGGAGUCAGAGUGUAACAAUGUAUAUUGCUUGGAAUGUAUACGACUGUUUGUAGGGGAAGACCAUGUUGAAAAGAUAAAUCAGGCUGAUCCAUGGACAUGUUUCCUAUGUCAUCCAUAUUCUAAGGAAACACAUGGAUAUUUGAUACCUAAAACUGACUGGAUGCGUAAUAUUCUUAGACUGUAUGACACAGGCUACCAAGUACAGGAGCAGGAUUUGAGUUACCUCUUGGUAGGAGAAAAGAAAAAAAUAAGAGUUCUCUCCCUAUUUGAUGGAAUUGGAACUGGAAAGGUAAUAUUGGAUUCAUUAGGACUGGACAUUGAAGUAUACUACACAUCAGAAAUAGAUGAGGAUUCCUUGUUGGUGACAUCCUUUCAUUAUGGUGAUUCUGUUACUCCUAUUGGGGAUGUGACCAAAUUAACUGAAGAAAAGUUGAAAGAAAUCAGUCCAAUAGAUUUGGUGAUUGGUGGAUCCCCAUGCAAUGACUUGUCUUUAGCCAACCCAAUAAGAAAGGGUUUUUCUGAUUUCAGCAGCACAGCUCUUUUGUUCUUUGAUUAUUUUCGUAUACUAAGAUGCGUACAAAAUUUAUCUGAUGGCCAUCAUGUCUUCUGGCUGUAUGAAAAUGUGGCUUCAAUGAAAAGAGAAUAUUCUGAUGUUAUAUCAAGGUUUUUACAGUGCCAACCAGCAUUAUGGGAUGCUAAGUAUUUUUCAGCACAAGCCAGGCCAAGAUAUUUUUGGGGCAAUAUUCCUGGAAUGUAUAGCACACCAGAUUUAUCUGAUAUUAAACUCACAGCAGACCUUGAUGAUAUUUUGUCUCAGAAAUGCAACAGAAAAGCUACAGUAAAGAUUAUAAGGACUGUUACAACAAGACAGAAUUCUUUGAAACAAGGAAAAAAUGAUGCUUUCUUCCCUGUUACCAUGAAUGGAAAAGAUGAUAUUAUCUGGAUUUCUGAAUUAGAACGAGUUUUUGGAUUUCCAGAUCAUUAUUCAGAUGUAGGGAACAUCACAGUAACUAAACGUCGACAGAUGAUCGGCAGAGCAUGGAGUAUACCCGUUUUGAAGAAGAUUCUUAAUACACUCACAGAUUUCUUUGCUGUCAGGAAUGUGGUAGAAAGUUGUAAACUUUAAAAUCUUUAUUUGUCUCAGACUGAAGAAUUAUAAAGAUUUUCUCCUAAUUUCCUGAUAUAUGCACAUGAAAACAAAUGAGGGUUUUAUGCAAUGUUUUUUUUUUAUCAUAUAUACCAGCUCCAUGUGCAAUUUGAUAAUUGUCAGAUCUGACAGUGGUCCAUAGUUAUGUGACUUUAGUUGUUGUUACAAUUUAAUGGCAUCUCAAAUGAUAUUUCUGUGUACAUUAUUAGAUCUUUAGGAAAUUUUUACACAAUGUUUAAUGCAUCUAGAAACAUGAGCACUUUUUUUAUUUUGAAAUUUUGAUAUGUCUUGCUUAUUUUUAUAUCCCCUACCUCUGCAAAAUGUUUAUUGGAACUAUCUUCCAACCUUUUAAAGCUUUGAUGUCAGUUUUUUAGAUGUGAUCUUCUGGAAUUCGGAUACCUAGGUGUCGAAAUUAAUCUGUGGAUAAAAAUAUGCACUCAUGAUGCAGCUUUUUAUUAUUGACAAGUAAUGUAAAGCAUGAAAUUUUUAAUAGCUGUAUGACUAGUCAGCUGACCUGUAUUGUUUAACUUUUAAAACUUUUUUUCAGUUUUGUUUUUGUCAUUGAUAUAUAAUUAAUAUUAAGUUUUUUCUUAAAAUUGGAUGAA